UUCUCUUGCUCUUCGUUCUUUUCUUCUUGUCUUGUUUAGUUCUUUUUGUUUGUCUCCCAUUUUGCCAUUUCUGGAUUCAAAAGUUGUCGAAAUAAACCAAAAAAGUUCUGAAAUUUCAUUAGCUCAAGAAUCCAAUUGAAGUUUUCAAUCAUGAAAUUUCAAGUCUUUUAUCUUCUUCAUGUGUUGAUGUUCUACUUAUAUGCCCAUUCUCUACGAAACUGUGGAUCGUUAUGAGUUUACACAAUUAAAACUCUCAAGUCUUUCACAAUCUUGAAUCUUUAUUGUGGCAUUGUUGUUCAAUGAGAUCAUACUACUUUCCCUAUUAAUGUCAUUUUGUGUGUGUUUGGGUUUAAAUACUGAUUAGGUUCUUGUGAUUUGAGUUUAAUGUGUUAUGGAUCUUCUUUAUUCGUUGCCUUUUCAGGGAUCAUUAAGUAUGAAUCAAAAACGAAAGGGCUUGUCUCUUCGUCGCUUGUUCUCUUUAGUGUUUUUUCUUGCAAUGAUCUUCCUUAUAGGGAAUGCUUUUAUUACAGUAGACUAUAAAGAGGGUAUCGCGGGAUGGAGUUCGAUAAUUAGACUAAAUCUUGCUAAACUAAAGAUGUGCAAGACACAACUUAGGCCUCCUGGUAGCGAGACGUUACCGCGAGGUAUUGUUGCAAGUACAUCUGACUUGGAAAUGCGACCGUUAUGGGGAGCAAAGCGCGAUAAGAAACCGAAACCAAGCUUAUUAGCUAUGGCAGUUGGAAUAAGACAAAAGGAAAGUGUCAACAAGAUUGUCAAGAAGUUUCCAUCAAGUGAGUUUGUUGUGAUGCUGUUUCACUACGAUGGUGCUGUGGAUGAAUGGAAGGAGUUUGAGUGGAGUGACACUGCCAUUCAUAUUUCUGUAGUAAACCAAACCAAAUGGUGGUUUGCAAAGCGUUUUCUACACCCGGAUAUUGUCUCAGCUUAUUCUUACAUUUUUCUAUGGGAUGAAGAUCUCGGUGUUGACCAUUUUGAUGCUAGAAGGUAUGUUUCAAUUAUUAAAGAAGAAAAGCUUGAAAUAUCACAACCUGCUCUUGAUCCCAAUUUCUCUGAAGUGCAUCAUCAACUUACCUCACGAGACAAGAAAUCAAGAGUACAUAGGAGAACAUACAAAGUCAUUGGUCGGGCGAGGUGCAACGAGAAUAGCACUGGACCUCCUUGCACAGGAUUUGUUGAAAUGAUGGCUCCUGUGUUUUCCAGAGCAGCUUGGAGGUGUACAUGGCAUAUGAUUCAGAAUGACUUAAACCAUGGAUGGGGUAUAGAUUUUCAGCUUGGAUAUUGUGCACAGGGUGAUCGAACCAAAAAUAUCGGUAUUGUUGAUUCCGAGUAUAUACUUCAUAUGGGUCUUCCUACAUUAGGAGGAGGUUCAGCUGAAAACAAGACGGAUUCAGGGAAGCUCGAUAAGACCAAGACUCCGCAUGCUGCAGACAAAUCAUCAUCAGUGUCAACUGGUAGAACUGAGGUUCGGAAGCAAACUUAUGUCGAGUUAGAGACUUUUAAACAUAGAUGGAAAAAUGCUGUGAAGAACGAUGAGUGCUGGAUAGACCGAUUCCAAACAUGAAAGAUUGCUUGUUGUGGACACAAUUAUACAUAUAUAGAAAGCACAUGCAUACCUCAAGGAAGCAAAAGAGAAGGUAUACAUGUAGAUCAAGCUACAUUCUUUUUAGGAUGUUACAAAUUUGUACUAGAGAACUGGAGAAUCUCCUACUUUAUAGAGCCUCAAAGUUAAGCACAAAAAUCUUA